GUGUUUCUGCUCUUGUCCUCCUUUUUUCAGUUGAUCACUUUCGUCCAUCAUCCCUCUACUAUUGCAGCUAUGCACUCAAUGCUUUCCUCACGAUGGGAUCUAGUCACGCAGCGGACCAGAAGCGGUUCAACCGAAAAACUCAGACUUCAAGUGAGCCUUGGAAAGCCUGGAACAUCAGCGCUGAUCAUUGCGAGGUCGGCGAGGGCCAUGAAAUCAUGUCCAAAGAACUCUUCGUGAAAAGCUUGUCCGAUCCUGCCCCAUUCUGAUUGACUUCUUUUCACACGCAUCUAGCAGGCACGACAAAGCAGACGAACAACAAUCUCAUCCAAGCAUUCCACACACAGCAUCCUAGCACCAGACGAGUCCAUGUCGUUAACGGGUUGUUACAAUACCAGAGCGACCUACGCUUUCUCGGACUCGACGUUCUUCUCAUGCACCUCCGCGACCUGUUCAUCGCUCCCACGUACUCCAGCGGCAGACACUCUGCGAUCAAGGCCAAUCUCAGCAUUGAUCUGGCGCAUACGCUCUUGAUCCGCUACUGCGACUCCGCUUGAACCAAACACCAGAUCCAUCUCCUCGAGGGUCAGCUGCUUGGUCUCAGGGACUAUUGGGCAGGUUAGAACACUGUAUCUGGUGCAAGGCUUCCUCCACUUACCGAAGAACCAGACAAAGCCGGCACCAAUGGUGAUCAACAAUCCGAAGAGAAUAAAUGUCCCAUAUCGGAUUCCGGAAAUCAUAUCUGGUGUAACUUGACCAACAAUGAAGUUGUUCAUCCAGUUGGAUGAAGCACCAAGGGCAAUACCAUAUGGACGAGCCGAGAGGGGCCAAACCUCUGCAACCACAAUCCAGGCGCUGGAACCACGUCAGAGCAUUGUACGUGAAAGAGACUGUGCACACUCACCAAGGUCCCCAUGACCAGCCGAAAUGGAUGACGAACAGCCAGACCAUGACAAUAGCAGCCCAACCCGCGGCGUGAUGCGUUGGCCAUUGAUGCUCAUUCUUGGCGAAUAUGAUGGCAAUGAUGAAAUGGCAAAGACCCAUCCCAAGUGCUCCAAUGGCAAGUGCGGGCUUUCUUCCCAUUCUGUCGAUGUACAGAAUUGCAGGGAUAGUAGCUAGCAGCAUCGCAAUACCGACGACUCCAGUUGCUAGCAGCGAGGUGGUAUUGUUGGAGAGACCAAGAGAGCCGAAGAUCUAUCCUCGUCAGAGUGCUUCGCUUUAGCAUGUCCGCAAUCUUACCUGAGGGGCGUAAUAUAAGACGGCAUUGAUACCUUGGCGUCGGUGGUCAGUCGAUUUCAACAAAAAGAAGGCGACAACACAGAGGUCAAGUUCAUACCUGUCCAUUGCUGAAAAAACAUGGUGACCGUCGACACAAUGACACGACGGAACAUCGGCAUGGUCUUGAACAAAGACCCAAUGGCCACGAAUUGCAGCUUGAUGGUGUUCAUCGCGGUCAAUUCUGACAAAUGGGGGAAGUUGGCUUCGACAGUCCUCUUUUCAAACAGAGACUGUGCCUUGAUUUCAAGGAAUUCGAGCUCGAUAAGUUCAUGUUCGGCUGGCAUGGCCCUGAGAAGGGCCAAUGUCCUUCUUGCGUCUUGCUCCCGGCCAUGGUGAAUGAGCCAUCGAGGAGUGAAAGGCAUGAAGAUCAUUCCAGUCAACAAGAUCAGAGCCGGAGCCAGUUGAAGAGAAAGAGGCACAAGCCAUGCAGCAUCGGACUGCCCUUUGCCAGUUCCUCCGAUGUAGUUGGUGCCGUAAUCCUGAAAGGGUCAGUACAUAUGAGCGCAAGGAAUCGCGAGAGUCUCUUACAAUCCAGAAGCUGAUCAUGAUGCCGAACUCGAUGGCAAAUUGUUGCAUACCAAUGAGCAAGCCACGCAGCUCGGGUGGCGCACACUCAGCGACGUACAUUGGGACGAUCAUGGAAAGCGAGCCAACGCCCAUACCAACCUAAGCAAACCCUAUGUCAGCGGGCGGCAUGCCCAAUGAGGCACAAAUGUCAAUCCUCACCACAAAACGGCCUCCGAGAAUGGCAGAGUGUCCGGCUGAGGUUGCUGUGCAUUGGAUAAUGACACCCAGGAUGAAGAUACAAGUGUUAACGAGGAUCGCAUAUUUUCUUGAGAUGAUCUCGGCGAGGAAGCCAGAGUACAGGGUACCGGUCCAAGCUCCUAACUCUAGAAUGGAAGUGAGCCAGCCCUUUUUGGUCGUGUUGCUGACAUAGUCGCCCAUAUGGUUAUUGAAGGAAUUCAUGGUCCUGAGCACGGCUCGUGUCAGUCCGCUGAUCAUGUGAGGCCAGGGUCUUGAUUGCCCUAUCCACUUACAAAACACCACUGAAAACACCUUGAUUGUAGCCAUAAAGAAGACCGCCGAUGCAAGCAAAGCAUGUAAGGCCGAAGACGCGGAUAUUCUUGAGCAACGCCUGCGGACCGGCCUUGCCUGUCAACUCAAGACGGUGUUGAAGGGCUGCAUCGCUGAAUUGCGAAGUCUUGACUGCUGGCGCCAUCUUGCAAUGCUCCAAGACAAGUUGAGUGCAGCGAACAAAGGCGCUGGAAAAAUAAAGAUGGGAACCGUGUUCGAGAACGGAGCGGUCAUCGUUCUAUAAGAUCAGCAACUCACCCAAUACCAUCGUCUUCAGGCUAAUUCAGAACUGUCACGGCACAUGCGAAAGCAGGGAUUGUACUCCGUACGGCACGAGGUAUGGUCGUAAGUGGAUUCGUAAUUGGUAACCAGCAAAGACCCUGCGAGCCUGGCAGGUUGUCGCCCAUUAUUGACCGGUGGAAUGUCCAGCGAAGCAGUUCCAUUUGGCAGCUGGCCGUGUGGGUCGACGCUCCAUAUCAACGAUCGGCAAUUAGCUUCCGCGUUACAAAGGAAGUUGGCUGAGCCAGCAUGGCCAGCCUCCGCACCACCUAGAUGCGCACCAGAAGAACGGUGUCUGACCCGAGCCGGCGAUAUGUAAUCGAGGACAUGGUCCACAAGGAUUGUCUCUGAAUAUCAAGUCAGACUAAGGUGUUUUCUCAACAUGCUACUCUUGUGUCAACACAUAUUGGUUGGUGGAAUGGACAUCUAUGCAGCAAACACGAGCUGCGGGCGAAUGUUCCAUGAAAUCAGCAGGUUGCCUUCCUGGGGUCAGGCAAUCUCUCGCCUGAAAAUCGCUACUGAUCAUGAGAGGCUGAGUGUUUGAUCAGGCUCCAUUAUCCACUACUCCGCAGGCAUUCUCCUCCACCUCCACAGUUUAAGAGAAGCAAUUUAGCCUGAAAUCCCUCGGACAACCUCGAUCCUUUGAGAGCCCGCCUUUGCCUAUUAUCCAUUGUUACCCACGUCAGGCUUUAUUGCUUGGAAUUCCUACGUUACACCGAAAACUCAUGCAACUGUUGAUCAUCAUUGGUUGUUUUCGAAAGGAAGGCCGUUUAGCCGUAUUUCCGACCGUCCUCGGACGCAUUGAUGCAGGAAAGCGAAAUUUUCUGGAAGGGAAUGCUUCUCCGCAGAGCCUGAUAUGAACUGCCUGCAACUAAUGGGGUAUAGGCUAAGACUUUGCUGCUAUGCAGAAGCUUUCUUGCCGAAGCUUCCUCGUCAUACACCACAAAACUUCGUUGUGGAACAAAAGCUAUAGGUGGAUACGCCGAAGCGCCCAGGGGUCUGUCACAAAAAAGAAGCCGUGGUCUGCUGCACUCUUCUCAGGCACAACCGCUACCGGCAAUUCGCAUUCGGAUGAUCAUCAUCGCAAAAAGUUAGUAGCACAAGACCCGAACUCUCCAUAUCGUCCUUCCAAAAGAGGACGAUGUUGGGUUCUGGGGAGCGGAGAAUGUGCAUCCAGAGAUGCAGAGAAGUGCGGUGAUCAGUAAGUCUAUUUCGUCAAUACUCUGGAACGCCAGGAUAAAAGCAUGCAUCUGCCCAUCUGAAUCCGUCUCUUCAGCUUCGUUCGUGGGUGUUUUGAGCAGCGUAUCAAAUCAUGGCUGCACUAAUCAUAGGCAUCAUCGCCUUGCUGGCUGUUCCCACAGUUGCAGACUUGUUCCCAGACUGUGUUAAUGGUCCUCUGGCAAACAACACGGUCUGCGACGCAAGUGCAGCAGCCGUGACUCGAGCGCAGGCUCUUGUCGAUGCUCUCUCGAUCGAUGAGAAGUUCAAUUUGACGGGCAACACUUCACCUGGAGUACCGCGACUGGGCUUGUAUAGCUAUCAAUGGUGGCAGGAGGCUUUGCAUGGAGUCGCAAGUUCUCCCGGCGUCAACUUCAGCAAGUCUGGAGAUUUCUCCCAUGCAACAUCGUUCCCGCAGCCGAUCACAAUGAGCGCAGCUUUUGACGAUGCAUUGAUUCAUGCGGUUGCCACUGUCGUCAGCACGGAGGCGCGAGCGUUUAACAAUGUCAAUAGGAGCGGACUGGAUUAUUGGACUCCGAAUAUCAAUCCCUACAAAGAUCCACGAUGGGGCAGAGGUCAAGAGACCCCAGGAGAAGACCCUUUCCACCUCAAAUCGUACGUUGCUUCGCUCAUCGAUGGACUACAAGGAGGUCACGAUCCACCUAUUAAAAAAGUGGUGGCAACUUGCAAGCAUUUCGUGGCGUACGACCUUGAAAUGUGGGAGACAUAUGAUCGAUACAACUUUGACGCCAUGGUAACAACGCAAGACCUGGCCGAAUAUUACAUGCAGCCUUUCCAGACAUGCGCUCGGGAUGCUGCCGUUGGGUCGGUUAUGUGCUCGUACAAUGCUCUGAACGGAGUACCCACAUGCGCCGAUCCCUACAUCCUCCAGGACGUGCUCCGAGACCACUGGAACUGGACGGGUGAAGGGCACUACGUGACCUCGGAUUGUGAUGCCAUCCAGAAUAUCUACGCACCACACUAUUAUGCACCGACUCAGCAACAGGCCGUUGCUGAUGCGUUGAUUGCUGGUACGGACCUGAAUUGCGGGACGUACUACCAAACAUGGCUUCCGAGGGCAUACGACCAAGGUCUCUUCAACGAGACUGUCAUCGACCAAGCACUUGUCCGCCUGUACACCGCUCUCGUCAAGCUGGGAUAUUUUGACCCUGCAUCCGCGACUCCGUACCGAUCACUUGGAUGGUCUGAUGUGGCCACCUCGGACGCGGAAGCACUGGCCCUCAAGGCGGCUGAAGAAGGUAUCGUGUUGAUCAAGAACGAUGGCAUCCUCCCGCUGCAGCUGCCGACAGACCACAACACCACGAUCGCACUCCUUGGUAGCUGGGCAAAUGCCACAACCACGAUGCAAGGCAACUACUACGGUAUCGCCCCGUACUUGCACUCACCACUCUACGCUGCCCAACAGCUACCCAAUGUUAAUGUCAUAUACGGCGGCGGGUUCGGUGUGCCCACGACAGACGGAUGGGAUGAAUUGCUUGGGGCCGCGGAAGCCAGCGACAUUAUCAUCGUGGCCGACGGAAUCAGCAUCAACGACGAAUCCGAGGGGAUGGACCGAUACACGAUCGACUGGCCACCAGCUUCGAUCGACCUGAUCGGGCAAUUCGCUUCCAUGGGCAAGCCUGUCAUUGUCCUCCAGAUGGGUGAUCAACUGGACAACACUCCACUACUCAGCAACCCCAAUAUCUCUGCUAUCGUCUGGGGUGGCUACCCCGGCAUGGCAGGUGGGGAUGCGCUCAUGAACGUGCUCACCGGCAAAUACGCGCCUGCAGGACGUCUGCCCGUUACGCAGUAUCCAGCAGACUACGUCAAUGAGGUGGACCUGACGGAUAUGGGACUUAGACCGAACGCGUCUUCAGGAAACCCCGGCCGGACGUAUAUUUGGUACAACGAGGCCGUCGUGCCAUUCGGAUAUGGUCUGCACUACACCAAUUUCAGUGCCUCGGCGUCCCAGCCAAGUCAAUCGAGCUACGACAUCUCGUCGCUGGUGUCGAGUUGCAAUAAGACGCAGUAUCCGUACAUGGAUCUGUGUCCGUUCGAGGCGAUCAAUGUCACGGUCAAGAACACUGGAAGCGUCACAUCCGACUUCGUCACGCUGGGCUUUAUCAGCGGCCAGUAUGGACCGCAGCCUUAUCCGAUCAAGCAACUGGUGGCAUAUGAGAGGCUAUUCAACAUCAGUGCCGGCGGCUCGGCGACUGCCAGCCUGAAUUUGACGCUGGGAAGUCUCGGACGACGUGAUGAGAAGGGGGAUCUUGUCCUGUACCCCGGUGAUUAUGGGUUGUUGGUGGAUGUGCCGACGCAAGCGAUGGUCAAUUUCACGUUGACAGGUACUCAGGCGGUACUUGAUCAGUGGCCGCAAAGACCUGCUCAGGGAUGACUCAGUUCGCCGUCGGUCCAGACGGAGCAGUCCGGAGGGAUCCGCAAGCAAUUGAACAGCCUGUAUAUACGCGGUUGAGGGAGGAAGAGACACUAAACUAAUGGAUCUUGUUGCUCAAUAAAUACACCGAGAGCCUGUUUGUUUUGCGCCUGCCUCUGCAGGUCUUUCAUGUUGUGAUCGCCGUAUGAUGAAUGUCCUUCCAAACGUGGAGGUAUCGAGAUGACCCGUGGUUUGGUAACGCUUUGAGGGAGUUGCAGGAGAAAAUACAGUUGACUGUUGACUGUGGCUUAGACUUGGACGAUUACUACGUAUCUCCGUCAUCCAUUGCAUUGGCACCAUCAUGAUCCACGGUAUCUCCC